UUUUCAUCCAGAGCCGCUGCUGUCAGCAUGUGAAUCAGAUGGCAAUCACAGUUGUUUUUUAGGCAGGUAAGCUUUAACUUCGACUUCUAAAGCUGUUCAGUUUUUAAUAUCAACCCUGACUGAACAUGUUUAUUCCUUACCUGAAAGAAUUUAUGUUUUUUAAUGCCGUUUUUUUAUCAAGCUGAAAAUAAUUCACAGGAACUGUACAGGAAAUCUCAACAAGCUGCAAUAAACCACAUAGGCUUGCAACCACAAAGAAGCAGAUGAGAGAAACAUGGAGAAAAUGAGUGUUGCUGAUGAAAAAGACGAGGGCCGUCAAGAGUUACUUCCGUCUAUUCAGGAAGUAUUUCAACAUUUCCAACCCAACUGCACCGCUCAGAGUGGAGGCAAUGUGGUUUCUCCCUCUAUCACUGGUUCUACCAUCACCAAUCUAAACUUCCAUAUCACCUCAACUGGUCAAGGAUCUAUUGUUUCAUCAAAAGAAGCAUCGAACCAUGACACUGCAGACAUCAGUGAUGAUCUGAUGCCUCAAAAUGACAAAAUCACAGAAUGUCAAAAGGAAUUGAAAGCUAAGCUGAAGAGGAAGUUUGGCCACAUGCUGGAGGGGAUGUUGACUAAUGCAAACAGGAUACCUCUCAAUAAGAUCUACACAGAGCUGUACUUAACUGAGGGAAGAAGUGGUGAAGUCAAUAAAGAGCAUGAGGUGAUACAGUUUGAAAUGGCAUCCAGGUUACAUGAGGCCCAGGAGAAAUCGAUUCACUGCAAUCAGCUCUUUGAUCAUCCACGAGAUCGCCCCAUAAGAACUGUGAUCACAAGGGGAGUCGCUGGCAUCGGAAAAACCGUAUCUGCUAAUAAGUUCACACUAGACUGGGCUGAGGGGAAAGCAAACACCAACCUGGGAUUUGUAUUUCCUCUGUCUUUCCGAGAGCUGAAUCUCAUGAAGACACAAAGCUUCAGUCUAGUCAAACUUCUCAGUGUCCUUUUCCCAGAAACAAACGAGACAGGAAUCUUCACAAAUGCCAAUAACCAAAUGCUCUUCAUCCUGGAUGGUCUGGACGAGAGCCGCCUCUCUUUGGACUUCCACAAAACUGAAAUAGUGUCUGAUGUGACGCAGACAACCACGAUUCCUGUGCUUCUGAUCAACCUCAUUCGGGGAAGACUACUUCCCUAUGCUCUCGUUUGGAUAACAUCUCGCCCAGUAGCCUCAAGUCAGAUCCCUAUGGAAUCUGUUGAUCUAGUGACAGAGGUGCGAGGGUUCAACGAAUCCCAGAAAGACGAGUACUUCAGGAGGAAAAUCAGCGACCAGAACCUAGCAAACAGGGUGAUCGCGCAUGUGAAAUCCUACAGAACUCUUCACAUCAUGUGCCACAUACCAAUCUUCUGCUGGAUGGCGGCAAGUGUGCUUGAGAAGAAGUUACAGACGACUGACAGUAAAGACACGCCAAAGAGCCUUACUCAGAUGUACAUACACUUCUUGUCCUUGUACGUGGCGAACAUGAGGAAAAGCUUGCCUGAAAGAAAAGAGUCAAAUGCAAACUGCAUCAGAGAUAACCUCAUGUCGCUGGGUAAACUGGCCUUCCAACAACUCGAAAGGCGCCACUUGAUCUUCUACGAGAGCGACCUCACCUCGGAUGGUAUAGAAGUCUCCCAGGCGUCACUGUUCUCAGGAAUCUACACACAAAUCUUCAAUGAGCAGCUGACACUGUGUGAGGAGAAAACGUUCAGCUUUGUGCAUCUGAGCAUCCAGGAAUUCUUUGCUGCAUUGUAUGUUUACCUCACAUUCCACAACGACAACAAAAACGUCUUGGUAAAGAAGUCUUCCUCGUCAAGACGCUUCCCUUUCAGAGAAUCAUCAGAGGUCAUCCUCUACAAAGAAGCAGUAGAAAAGGCUUUGGGCAGCGAUGAGGGACAUUUUGACAUCUUUCUGCGCUUCCCUGGGCUGUCUCUGGAGUCGAAUCAGACUCUGUUGAAGCACCUUAUGACUACCAACAGAUCAAAACCAAGUACAAGAGAGGUGAUCAUAACACACAUAAAAGAGAGGAUCAAAGAAAGUCCAUCCCCAGACCGAUGCCUAAAUUUCUUUCACUGUCUGAACGAGCUACAGGACCACUCCCUCAUUGAGGAGAUUCAGAGCUACCUCAGCAAAGGCAGUGUCAACAAAGCCAAACUUUCACCUGCCCAGUGGGCCACUCUGGUCUUUGUUCUACUGACGUCAGAAAAGGAGCUGCGAGUGUUUGAACUGAGCAACUACACCAGGUCAAAUGAAGGUCUCCUGAGGCUGCUGCCUGUCAUGAAAAAAUCCAGCGUGGCAAAUCUAAAUGCAUGCAAUCUCACUGUGGAUUGUUGUAAAAUUCUGGCGAUUGGCAUCCCUUCCUCCCAAAUCAGAGAGCUGGACCUAGGCAACAACAACCUCACGGAUGAUGGAAUAAAUGAGCUUUCUGAUCAAUUGAAGAACAGCAAACUUGUGAUACUCAGACUGAAGAGCUGCAACCUAACAGAACGCAGCUCCAAGGCUCUGGCCUCUGUGAUCAGCUCAGACGCCAACCAGCUGAAAGAAUUGGACCUCUCUCAGAAUGAUUUCAUGGACGUUGGAGUCAAAGAGCUCUGUGUAGGUCUGGGAAGUCCUCACUGUAAACUGGAAAUACUCAUUUUGUCCCUGUGUAGUGUGACAGAGGAAGGCUGCACUUUUCUGGCAUCUGCAUUGAACACUUCCCGUCUCAAAGAGCUUGACCUGAGCUACAACCACCCAGGACCCUUGGGCCUGCAGCUGCUGACUGCGCUGAAAGACGACCCACGCUGCAGCCUGCAUGAACUCAGUGUGGAACAGUGUGGUGAAUCCAGGAUUCAGCCAGGUCCAAAGAAAUACACCAAGGAACUCACGCUAGACCCAAACACAGCACAAAGAGACCUCUCUCUGUCCGAGGGAAACAGAAAAGCGACUCGUUGGACCGAGCAGUCUUAUCCUGAUCAUCCCGAGAGGUUUGACUUCUGCAGACAGGUGCUGUGCAGGGAGGGGCUGACGGGGCGCUGUUACUGGGAGACCGAAUGGAGAGGGAGAGUCCUCAUAGGAGUAGCCUACAGAACGUUGUGCAGGAAGGGAGAAGGUCCCGAAUGCUGGUUAGGCAAAAACGACUCUUCCUGGGGAAUUUACUGCACAACGAAAGAGCGCUACCGGAUCUGGCCCGGAAACAUGCAGAUUGAGGUAACCAUCCCAAGCAGCUCCAACUCCAACUCCAACACCAACUCCAACUCCAACAAAUUGGGAGUCUAUCUGGACUGGCCUGCAGGGAGACUGACUUUCUUCAGGAUCGACUGUGGUGCAAUGACCCUCAUCCACUACUUGAACACCACUUUCACUGAGCCUGUGUAUCCUGGGUUUUGGCUAGGCUGGCCGGACUCCACAGUGUGCUUGUGCUGAGUAUCAUAGUGACACUGAGGUCAAUCCAGAAGUUCAACCUUUUAUCCAUCAUUGUAUAUAGGGAGUGAAACUUUGUGGACUACUGCUCGAGUUUGGAGUUAGUGAUCUUGGUUUUUGUCGAGACAGAGACAACCCCUAUUUAGACGAGAGGCAGCGUUACGCAGGAUUCUGAAACACUUUUGACACGUAAAUGGUUCAUCUUUGUUAUGUCUCAUGUACUGGAAGGCAAAUCAGGGUUUUCAUGGGCACUUCAUUUCAUAUUCAUUUUGGACCUCAGCAAUAUUAAAGGGUUUAAUUGUUAGCUGUGUAUUUUGUGUUGUUUAUAUGACUUUGUUUUGCACUCUUUAAUGAGUACCCUACAUAUUUGGCUUUUUAUUUUUUUAAUAAUCAUCAGGAUACAUCUGCUUCAUUUAACGAAAGUCAGAACUAAUGAAUCAAUGGCAGUCUGCCCAUAGAUAAAGUUCUUUAUUCAAAUUCUCAUUUCCUUUCAAAAGCUUACAUUUCAUGUGACUUCAUGGCUCUGCUGAAUGAAUGUGUAUCUUAUUUGUACAAUUUAUAACUGAUAUCCAGUCACUGGGUAACAUAUGUGUAUAGAAAAUUAUCCUGCAUAUACAUUCAUAUGAAAUAAGGACUAAAAUCUAAUAAAAAAGUGUCUCUGGUCAGUGUAGUAAUACAAUGCUUUAAUGAUUUGAAGUCAUACGGUCAAAUGACAUGGAAACUAGUGAAAAGAAGAGAUUUUCAUUAAAAACUGCUGAUUUUUUUGUAAAAUAUAUUCAUAAAUUCUUAGAAGAAGCACUAUAAUCCAAUGAAAAAAAGCUGUGUCCUAUGUCAUGUGCAGUAAAAAUAUCUGCUAUAGA